AUGACUUCACCGUCUGAAACCACGGAUAAGAAUAACAAUAAUAAUAAUAAUAAUGAAGUAUAUGACUUACAUCCAAUUGAAGAGAUUGCACAUUCCUUAUUGAGUGGUUCACUAGAUAACCUUAAUGAGAACUUUGAAUUACUUGAUCAAUCCCAAUUAAUCUUAUUGACCAGAUUAAAAAUCAUAGAAGAACGUCUACAGGGAUAUCAAAAGAUUGCGUUUGAAGAUUCUAAAAUACGAGAAGAAGAAUUAGUAACAUACAUGAAUAAGAUUAAAGAUCUUGAAAAAAGAUUACAGGUCACCUUGAAAACCAUGACUAAAAUAGAUGAUAGAAUAGCUAAGAUGGAAAAUCGACUAUAA